AUGGCUGGUCAAAUAAAACAUCCGCAGGCAGUUGUAUUUGUUAUGACUGUUGUAGCUUACAUCCAAAUUAGUAUUAAUGGCGUCAAUGGAGAUCCCCGAGUACCAUGUUUUUUCAUAUUUGGCGACUCUCUUGCUGAUAGCGGAAACAACAACCAGCUUGAUACAUUAGCCAAAGUGAAUUACAAGCCAUAUGGGAUUGACUUCCCACGUGGUACUCCAACCGGAAGGUUUACUAAUGGUCGAACAACAGCUGACAUACUUGGUCAACUUCUGGGCUUUUCUGACUUCAUUCCACCAUUUGCCACUGCUAGGGGGGAUGUCAUACUCAGAGGUGUCAACUAUGCAUCUGGGGCGGCUGGAAUUCGUGACGAAUCUGGGCAACAAUUGGGUGAGCGUAUCAGCAUGGAUGGACAGUUGAAGAAUCACGAAGUUACAGUGUCGCAAAUGAUAGAGAUGUUAGGAAAUAGAGACUCAGCACAAAAGUACCUGACUAAGUGCUUAUAUUACGUUGGAAUGGGCAGUAACGAUUACCUUAACAACUACUUCGUGCCUCGCUUUUACCCAACAAGCAAUCUAUAUACACCUGACCAAUACGCUCAAGUUCUCAUCGAACAAUAUCGUGAUCAAAUAAUGAGGCUAUACAAUUAUGGUGCAAGGAAGGUUGUGUUGACAGGAUUGGGACCAAUUGGGUGCACUCCAUAUGCAAUUUCCUCAUUCAGCACAAAUGGGUUUGCGUGCGUUGACAAAAUCAAUGAUGCGAUCCAACUUUUUAACAAGAAGCUUAUAGCACUUGUUGAUCAACUGAAUAAGAGUUUCACUGACGCCAAAUUUAUUUAUGUGAACCCUUUCGGAAUAUUGGGGACGUUGGAUGAUCUAAUUACAUCUCUUGGAUUAAGUGUUGUGAAUGUUGGGUGCUGCCCAGUGAAUGAUAUUGGGCAAUGUAUUCCUUUGGGAACUCCAUGCUUGAACAGAGCCUUGCAUGUGUAUUGGGAUGCCAUUCACCCAACUGAGACUGUUAAUACAUACAGUGCUACCAGAUUGUAUGCAACUUUGCUAUCU